CACAAAAGGGUCAGCAGCACAUCUACUAAAUAGAUCUAGUAGAUUAGAUACCAUAGCUAUAAUGUGUGACCCUUUAAGACAAAAUGUUGCUUUAAAACAGCUGUUGUGAUAUCUAAAUGUAUAUGUUUAUGUUUACUUUACAGUAUAUGUCACAGGUUCUUCACAGCGUUUACAGUAUAUGUCACAGGUUCUUCACAGCGUUUACAGUAUAUGUCACGGGUUCUUCACAGCGUUUACAGUAUAUGUCACGGGUUCUUCACAGCGUUUACAGUAUAUGUCACAGGUUCUUCACAGCGUUUACAGUAUAUGUCACAGGUUCUUCACAGCGUUUACAGUAUAUGUCACGGGUUCUUCACAGCGUUUACAGUAUAUGUCACGGGUUCUUCACAGCGUUUACAGUAUAUGUCACGGGUUCUUCACAGCGUUUACAGUAUAUGUCACAGGUUCUUCACAGCGUUUACAGUAUAUGUCACGGGUUCUUCACAGUGUUUACAGUAUAUGUCAAGGGUUCUUCACAGCGUUUACAGUAUAUGUCACGGGUUCUUCACAGCGUUUACAGUAUAUGUCACGGGUUCUUCACAGCGUUUACAGUAUAUGUCACGGGUUCUUCACAGCGUUUACAGUAUAUGUCACGGGUUCUUCACAGCGUUUACAGUAUAUGUCACAGGUUCUUCACAGCGUUUACAGUAUAUGUCACAGGUUCUUCACAGCGUUUACAGUAUAUGUCACGGGUUUUUCACAGCAUUUACAGUAUAUGUCACAGGUUUUUCACAGCGUUUACAGUAUAUGUCACGGGUACUUCACAGCGUUUACAGUAUAUGUCACAGGUUCUUCACAGCGUUUACAGUAUAUGUCACGGGUUCUUCACAGCGUUUACAGUAUAUGUCACAGGUUCUUCACAGCGUUUACAGUAUAUGUCACGGGUUUUCACAGCGUUUACAGUAUAUGUUACGGAUUCUUCACAGCGUUUACAGUAUAUGUCACAGGUUCUUCACAGCGUUUACAGUAUAUGUCACGGGUUUUCACAGCGUUUACAGUAUAUGUUACGGAUUAUUCACAGCGUUUACAGUAUAUGUCACAGGUUCUUCACAGCAUUUACAGUAUAUGUCACGGGUUCUUCACAGCGUUUACAGUAUAUGUCACAGGUUCUUCACAGCAUUUACAGUAUAUGUCACGGGUUCUUCACAGCAUUUACAGUAUAUGUCACGGGUUCUUCACAGCGUUUACAGUAUAUGUCACGGGUUCUUCACAGCGUUUACAGUAUAUGUCACGGGUUCUUCACAGCGUUUACAGUAUAUGUCACAGGUGCUUCACAGCGUUUACAGUAUAUGUCACGGGUUCUUCAUAGCGUUUACAGUAUAUGUCACGGGUUCUUCACAGCGUUUACAGUAUAUGUCACAGGUUCUUCACAGCGUUUACAGUAUAUGUCACGGGUUCUUCACAGCGUUUACAGUAUAUGUCAUAGGUUCUUCACAGCGUUUACAGUAUAUAUCACGGGUGCUUCACAGCGUUUACAGUAUAUGUCACAGGUUCUUCACAGCAUUUACAGUAUAUGUCACAGGUUCUUCAUAGCGUUUACAGUAUAUGUCACAGGUUCUUCACAGCGUUUACAGUAUAUGUCACGGGUGCUUCACAGCGUUUACAGUAUAUGUCACGGGUGCUUCACAGCGUUUACAGUAUAUGUCACGGGUUCUUCUCAGCGUUUACAGUAUAUGUCACAGGUUCUGCACAGCGUUUACAGUAUAUGUCACAGGUUCUGCACAGCGUUUACAGUAUAUGUCACGGGUUCUUCACAGCGUUUACAGUAUAUGUCACGGGUUCUUCACAGCGUUUACAGUAUAUGUCACGGGUUCUUCACAGCGUUUACAGUAUAUGUCACAGGUUCUGCACAGCGUUUACAGUAUAUGUCACAGGUUCUUCACAGCGUUUACAGUAUAUGUCACAGGUUCUUCACAGCGUUUACAGUAUAUGUCACGGGUUCUUCACAGCGUUUACAGUAUAUGUCACGGGUUCUUCACAGCGUUUACAGUAUAUGUCACGGGUUCUUCACAGCGUUUACAGUAUAUGUCACAGGUUCUUCACAGCGUUUACAGUAUAUGUCAAGGGUUCUUCACAGCGUUUACAGUAUAUGUCACGGGUUCUUCACAGCGUUUACAGUAUAUGUCACGGGUUCUUCACAGCGUUUACAGUAUAUGUCACGGGUUCUUCACAGCGUUUACAGUAUAUGUCACAGGUUCUUCACAGCGUUUACAGUAUAUGUCACGGGUUCUUCACAGCGUUUACAGUAUAUGUCACAGGUUCUUCACAGCGUUUACAGUAUAUGUCACGGGUUUUUCACAGCAUUUACAGUAUAUGUCACAGGUUUUUCACAGCGUUUACAGUAUAUGUCACGGGUACUUCACAGCGUUUACAGUAUAUGUCACAGGUUCUUCACAGCGUUUACAGUAUAUGUCACGGGUUCUUCACAGCGUUUACAGUAUAUGUCACAGGUUCUUCACAGCGUUUACAGUAUAUGUCACGGGUUUUCACAGCGUUUACAGUAUAUGUUACGGAUUCUUCACAGCGUUUACAGUAUAUGUCACAGGUUCUUCACAGCGUUUACAGUAUAUGUCACGGGUUUUCACAGCGUUUACAGUAUAUGUUACGGAUUCUUCACAGCGUUUACAGUAUAUGUCACAGGUUCUUCACAGCAUUUACAGUAUAUGUCACGGGUUCUUCACAGCGUUUACAGUAUAUGUCACAGGUUCUUCACAGCAUUUACAGUAUAUGUCACGGGUUCUUCACAGCAUUUACAGUAUAUGUCACGGGUUCUUCACAGCGUUUACAGUAUAUGUCACGGGUUCUUCACAGCGUUUACAGUAUAUGUCACGGGUUCUUCACAGCGUUUACAGUAUAUGUCACAGGUGCUUCACAGCGUUUACAGUAUAUGUCACGGGUUCUUCAUAGCGUUUACAGUAUAUGUCAUGGGUUCUUCACAGCGUUUACAGUAUAUGUCACAGGUUCUUCACAGCGUUUACAGUAUAUGUCACGGGUUCUUCACAGCGUUUACAGUAUAUGUCAUAGGUUCUUCACAGCGUUUACAGUAUAUAUCACGGGUGCUUCACAGCGUUUACAGUAUAUGUCACAGGUUCUUCACAGCGUUUACAGUAUAUGUCACAGGUUCUUCACAGCGUUUACAGUAUAUGUCACGGGUGCUUCACAGCGUUUACAGUAUAUGUCACGGGUGCUUCACAGCGUUUACAGUAUAUGUCACGGGUUCUUCUCAGCGUUUACAGUAUAUGUCACAGGUUCUGCACAGCGUUUACAGUAUAUGUCACAGGUUCUGCACAGCGUUUACAGUAUAUGUCACGGGUUCUUCACAGCGUUUACAGUAUAUGUCACGGGUUCUUCACAGCGUUUACAGUAUAUGUCACAGGUUCUGCACAGCGUUUACAGUAUAUGUCACAGGUUCUGCACAGCGUUUACAGUAUAUGUCACAGGUUCUUCACAGCGUUUACAGUAUAUGUCACAGGUUCUUCACAGCGUUUACAGUAUAUGUCACAGGUUCUUCACAGCGUUUACAGUAUAUGUCACAGGUUCUUCACAGCGUUUACAGUAUAUGUCACAGGUUCUUCACAGCGUUUACAGUAUAUGUCACAGGUUCUUCACAGCGUUUACAGUAUAUGUCACGGGUUCUUCACAGCGUUUAUGUCCUGACUGAUAUACUGUAAUAGGGUCCAAAUGGUGGUUUAUCAACAGUCCAAAUGGUGGUUUAUCAGCAGUCCAAAUGGUGGUUUAUCAGCAGUCCAAAUGGUGGUUUAUCAACAGUCCAAAUGGUGGUUUAUCAACAGUCCAAAUGGUGGUUUAUCAACAGUCCAAAUGGUGGUUUAUCAACAGUCCAAAUGGUGGUUUAUCAACAGUCCAAAUGGUGGUUUAUCAACAGUCCAAAUGGUGGUUUAUCAGCAGUCCAAAUGGUGGUUUAUCAGCAGUCCAAAUGGUGGUUUAUCAACAGUCCAAAUGGUGGUUUAUCAACAGUCCAAAUGGUGGUUUAUCAACAGUCCAAAUGGUGGUUUAUCAACAGUCCAAAUGGUGGUUUAUCAACAGUCCAAAUGGUGGUUUAUCAACAGUCCAAAUGGUGGUUUAUCAGCAGUCCAAAUGGUGGUUUAUCAGCAGUCCAAAUGGUGGUUUAUCAACAGUCCAAAUGGUGGUUUAUCAACAGUCCAAAUGGUGGUUUAUCAACAGUCCAAAUGGUGGUUUAUCAACAGUCCAAAUGGUGGUUUAUCAACAGUCCAAAUGGUGGUUUAUCAACAGUCCAAAUGGUGGUUUAUCAACAGUCCCUUGCUGGCC